CCCCCCCCCCCCCCCCCUCUUUAGGUGUUGGGGUGGAUCCGUAACGGUGAGUCCAUGCUCAACGCCAGCAUGGUGAACGCCAGCUCCCUGUCUGAGGCCGAGCAGCUACAGAGAGAGCAUGAGCAGUUCCAGAUGGCUAUAGAGUCUCUCUUCCACGCAAAUUCCCUUCAGAAGACUCAUCAGAGCGCCCUGCAGGUCCAGCAGAAGGCUGAGAUGGUCCUGCAGGCCGGUCACUACGACCCCGAGGCGAUACGGAGCUGUGCAGAGAAAGUGGCCGUUCACUGGCAGCAGCUGAUGCUGAAGAUGGAGGACCGUCUGAAGCUCGUCAACGCCUCUGUGGCCUUCUACAAAACCUCGGAGCAGGUGUGCAGCGUGUUAGAGAGCCUGGAGCAGGAGUACCGGCGGGACGAGGACUGGUGCGGCAGUCUGGACAAACUGGGGAUGUCGGCCGACUGUGACCACCUCAUCCCUCUGAUCAGUAAACACCUGGAGCAGAAGGAAGCCUUCCUCAAGGCGUGCACUCUGGCCCGUAGGAAUGCUGAGGUGUUUCUGAAGUACAUCCACAGGAACAAUGUGAGCAUACCUGGAGCUGCAGGACAUGCAAGAGGACCAGAACAGCAAGUGAAAGCGAUUCUGAACGAGCUGCUGCAGAGAGAGAACAGAGUCCUUCACUUCUGGACGUUAAAGAAACGAAGGCUGGACCAGUGUCAGCAGUACUUGGUGUUUGAACGCAGUGCCAAACAGGCUUUGGAUUGGAUCCAGGAGACAGGUGAGGUAUACCUGGCCACACACACGUCACCCGGGGAAAGCAGCGAGGAAACACAAGGACUCCUCAACGACUACCGUCACUUCAGACUUUCUGCCAAGCAAACCAAGGAGAAAGUGAAGCUGCUGAUCCAGCUGGCGGACAACCUGGUGGAGAAAGGCCACGCCCACGUGUCAGAGCUGAAGCGCUGGGUCAGCACGGUGGACCGCAGAUACCGAGACUUCUCCCUGCGCAUGUCCAAAUACCAGGAGAGUCUGGAGAAGAGUCUGGGAGUCAGCUCAGAGGACAAUAAAGACUUGGAGUUGGACAUUAUUCCCGCCAGCCUGACGGACGACCCCGAGGUCAAACUGCGUGACCCCAACCACGAGGUCAACGAGGAGAAGAGGAAGUCGGCCAGGAAGAAAGAGUUCAUCAUGGCCGAGCUGCUGCAGACGGAGAAAACCUACGUCCGAGAUCUUCAGGAGUGUUUAGAGACGUAUCUGUGGGAGAUGACCAGCGGCGUGGAGGAGAUUCCUGCCGGCAUCGCCAACAAGGAGCAGAUCAUCUUUGGAAACAUGCAGGACAUCUUCGACUUCCACAGCAAUAUUUUCCUGAAGGAGCUCGUGAACUACGAGCAGCUGCCUGAAGACGUCGGUCACUGCUUCGUCACCUGGGCUGAUAAAUUCCACAUUUAUGUCAAUUACUGUAAGAACAAACCCGACUCCAGUCAGCUCAUCUUGGAGCACGCCGGCGCCUUCUUCGACGACAUCCAGCAGAGACGAGGACUCGCCAACUCCAUCUCCUCCUACCUCAUCAAACCGGUCCAGAGGAUCACCAAGUACCAACUGCUGCUGAAGGAGUUGCUGUCGUGCUGUGAGGAGGGUAAAGGAGAGAUCAAAGACGGUCUGGAGGUGAUGCUCAGUGUUCCUAAGAGAGCUAACGACGCCAUGCAUCUCGCCAUGCUGGAGGGCUUUGAGGAGAACCUGGAGGUGCAGGGCGAGCUCAUCCUGCAGGACAGUUUUCAGGUCUGGGAUCCUCGCUCGCUGAUCAGAAAGGGGCGGGACCGACACCUCUUCCUGUUCGAGUUCUCCCUCGUCUUCAGCAAGGAGAUCAAAGACUCUGCAGGGAGAACAAAGUACCAGUACAAGACCAGACUACUGACGUCAGAGUUGGGGGUGACCGAGCACAUUGAGGGCGAUCCGUGUAAAUUUGCUCUGUGGGCGGGAAGGACCCCCUCCUCUGAUAACAAAACAGUGCUAAAG